CGUUCAGUGCGCCUGGCUUCACGCGCCUCAUGUGACUCCGAUCAGCGGAGUUGCGGAGCCGAAAAGGAGCGAAUAAAGAGGAGAGUCUGCGGGUUGGAGGGUCUUCACCGCCCCGGGGGUCGUGUGUUCCGCUCAGAGCUGAGGUUUUGUGCUGAAAGCCCGUUUUUCAGUGUUUCCUGUGUUUUGUUGUCGACUCUGCUCUGUUCUGGUGCUGAUGGCUGGCAGGCAGGUGGCGGUGGUGGUUCAGGGCGAGGCGGAGGAGACGGACUCUGACUCGGAGCAGGAGGUCUACAUCACCUCGGCCAGACCCUCCUCAGGACUCACGGUUCCUGGAGAGGCUUCAGAGACCGACAGUGAGGGAGAAGCAGAGCCGUGGAGACCAGAAACCUCCCAGAACUCCCUGCUGUUCCGGCCUGAUCUGCCUCCUCUGGUGGUCACUCGCGGCCCAGAGGUGCUGUCAGAGCCAGGACCAGAUGAUGGGAGGUGUUUGAGGGCGGAACCUGCCGGACAGUCCACUCUGCUGCAGCAGAAGCUGCAGGAGAGCAAUGCUCGCCUCUGCGCUGACAUUCAGCACAGCCUGAAGCUCCUGUACCAGGGAGCGUCCAGAGACAUCCGGACCGCCACCACCCACCUGAACACCUCCCAGAACGGCAUCAUCAACACCUCUCACAGCAUCCGCCUCAUCCUGGAGGACCUCAGAGCCGUGUCCGAGAAGAUCGACAUCAUCACCAGCUGCAAGCUCCUCCCGGACAUCGCCAUGCCCGGCCAGCCGGCCGCCUCUGGACCUUGACUGCCCUGGAGCCGCUCCAGCUUACAGCUCUAAAGUGUGCACUGUGUUUAUUAACAUGUUUGGGAAGCAGCAUCACUGGAAUUAGGGCUGAGUGAUGUGGCCGAAAACGCAACAUCACAACAGACGUUUUCACGAUACGUCCCAGUACUGAGCUUCUCUGGGUUCAGACACGUUUUAUCACAUGAAAAGAACAUUAUCACAUUAAAAAUACUGUCAAGCGUUAUGAGUACAGUGAUUUUUAAACAGCGGUGAUUAUAGAUUUUCUGUUCCACCUUAAAUGGAGCAGAAGUCACAUUCAGGCUGGCAGCUGCUGAACUGUUUAAGGUGGAACAGAAAAUUUAAAUUUCUUCCCUUUCUUACGUUAGUUAUGGUUAUAUACAGGGAGAUUCACUCGAAAGAGGCCCCGAAUAUUCUGUAAUAACUCUUGCUAGGACGAAGCAAUCUGAACAAAACAACGUGCAAUGUGCUCCUCAGUAUAUGGAGCUUCGAACAAGCCGGGUUUGCCCCUGCGAACCCGACUUGAAGUAGGCGCCAGACAGCCAUUGUGACGUUUAACCUCUCUAAUGCUUGCCAAUACGUUCAGUAACAUGGAGCACCAUGUCGAAAUGUGUCUGGCAGAAAACAGAGAUCACUUUGAGCAUGCAAUCGAUUACACACGUCAAGAUAUGUAGUGUAUUUUUUUGGUAUUUUUUUGCCUCUUUCGAGUGAAUCUCCCUGUAUAAUAUAUGUAUGUAUAUGUACAUGUAUGUAUAUAUACACACACACACACACACACACAUAUACAUAUAUACACACAUAUAUAUAUAUAAGCAACCCAAACUGUGUUCUCAAUAACUGCCUAUUGAAAUAUUUCAACACGUUUUGUGUUAAAGUGA